ACCCCAAAGUUGGGAGAUGGAGAGCAAAUACAGAGAAAUGCUGUUACUGAGGGGCCUGGAUAACAUCACUGAUGAGGAACUGGAUAGGUUCAAGUUCUUUAUUCCAGAUGAAUUCACGAUUGCCAAGAGCAAACUGCAGACUGCAAACAGGACAGAGUUAGCCAACUUGCUGAUUCAAAAUGCCGGUGUGGUGCCUGCGGUGACUAAGACCAUACGUAUCUUCCAGAGGCUGAAUUAUAUGCAUGUGGCAAAAAGUCUUCAGGACGAGAAGGCAAAAGUUGAUGAUAAGUAUAUGGGAAAUAAAAAGACCAAAGAAGCAAGUCUGACAAAAAGGAAAAGUCUAACUGAAGUGGGUUCUGUGGCCUCCGCAGUCAGCGGCAAUGAUGCUGGCCAGCACCGGGUGGCACCAGCAGUCUCUCCUGGGAAGCCUAAGCAGAAGCAGGUGACGGCCCAGCAGGAAUCUGUCCGAGAAGAAGGGUUGCAGAAAGACCGCAUCACAGUCCUGGUGCUGAAAGCAACGAAGCCCUUCGAGUUUGAGACCCAAGAUGGAAGAAAGCAAGAGAUGUUUCAUGCUACUGUGGCSACGGAGAAGGAAUUCUUUCUUGUCAAAGUUUUUAAUAUGCAGCUAAAAGAUAAAUUUKCCCCAAAGAGAACAAUUAUCAUAUCAAAAUAUUGUUGGCACAGUGGUUUUCUGGAGGUGAAUAGUGCCUCACUGAUAGUUGAUGCUAAGUCUGAUCAAGAGAUUAAUGUACCACCGAAUAUUAUCAGGAAAGCUGGGGAAACACCAAAGAUAAAUAAGCUUCAGACUCAGCCCCUCGGGACAAUAGUGAACGGGCUGUUUGYAAUACAGAAGAAAACAGAAAAAAGGGAUCAUGUACUGUUUGACRUCAGYGACAACACGGGGAGCAUGGAAGUAYUGGUGUUCAAAAAACAGAACCAAGUAAACUGCGAGGAAGGAGAUAAGCUUAGACUUACCUUCUUCGAACUGUCAAAAAGUGGAGAAAAGUUACAGCURAAAUCUGGAGUUCACAGCUUYAUUACGGUUGUUAAGGCCAAAAAGUAA